AUGCUGCGAAUUACCUUGUAUGGGAAGAAGAACGACAGAAACAACGGGGAUGUUUCAGUUGCGAAUACCGUGAUCUAUGAUCUGAUCGUAGCCUGUGAUCUACAGUACGUGACCAGAAGUCUCACUGUCAGUUACUGUAGUGGAUUACUUUCGUUUCUCAGCGACACUUCUACCGUAACUCAACUACUCUCAACUACAGUAACCACAGCAGGGUAUCAGCAUACUAGGCAAUUAAUAAGUACACAGGUGGUGUCAGAUACUGGUGUUAUUAGAGCACCAAAAAAGAACAUGGGAAAUGUAAGUUCCACUAACGAUGAGAAAUAAGG